AUGCUGCAGAGCAUGAGCGUUGGCCGGAGGAGGCUGGCCCUGCUCUGGGCCCUGGUGUUGGCCGUCACCUGCAGCCAGCGCACAGGUCAAGCCCAGCAUGGCAGUACAGAAUCCGACCAUGAGCACCGCUCCAACCUCUCUCUCCAUCAAGGGCAUAGCAGUACCUCACUCCGUGGGGUGACCGUCAUCCCACCUCUGAGGACCAUCCCCGUGGUACGAGCCUUAGACCCAGCCCACACCGGGCGGGUGUGCAGCACAUGGGGCGACUUCCACUAUAAGACCUUCGACGGCGCCGUCUUCCGCUUCCCUGGCCUCUGCAACUACGUGUUCAGCGCGCACUGCGGCGCCGCCUAUGAGGACUUCAACAUCCAGCUGCGCCGUGGCCAGGAGGCCAACGCCACCGCUGUGAGCCGAGUCGUCAUGAAGCUUGAUGGCCUGGUUGUUGAGCUGUCCAAGACCACCGUCCUGGUCAAUAACCACCCGGUCCAGCUGCCCUUUAGCCAGUCCGGGGUCUUCAUUGAGCUCAGCAGUGGCUGCCUGAAGGUGGUGGCUAGGCUGGGCGUGGUCUUCAUGUGGAACUAUGAUGACAGCCUCCUGCUGGAGCUGGAUGCCAAGUAUGCCAACAAGACCUGCGGGCUCUGCGGAGACUUCAAUGGUAGCCCUGUGUCCAGCGAGUUCCUCUCCCACAAUGCCAAGCUGACACCCCUUGAGUUUGGGAACCUGCAGAAGAUGGACGGGCCCACAGAGCAGUGCCAGGACCCCCUCCCCACAGCUCAGAAGGACUGCUCCAUCAGCUCCGGCAUCUGUGAGGAGGUCCUGAGAGGCCCACUUUUCUCGGGAUGUGCGGCCCUGGUGAACGUCACCAGCUACGUGGAGGCUUGCCAGCAAGACCUAUGCUUCUGCGAGAGUCCCGACCUGCCUAGCUGCAUCUGCCACACCCUGGCUGAGUACUCCCGACAAUGUGCCCAUGCCGGCGGGCUGCCCCAGGACUGGCGGGGCCCCGACCUCUGUCCCCAGACGUGCCCCCUCAACAUGCAACACCAGGAGUGCGGCUCGCCCUGUGUGGACACCUGCUCCAACCCCCGGCACUCCCAGCUCUGUGAGGACCACUGUGUCGCUGGCUGCUUCUGUCCUGAGGGGAUGGUCCUUGAUGACAUCAACCACACCGGCUGUGUUCCUGUGUCCCAGUGUGCCUGCUUAUACAAUGGGACAUCCUAUGCACCGGGGACCAGCUACUCCACCGACUGCACCAAGUGCACGUGCUCUGGAGGCUGGUGGAGCUGUCAGGAGGUCCCAUGCCCUGGCACCUGCUCUGUACUGGGAGGUGCCCACUUCUCCACGUUUGAUGAGAGGCAGUAUACAGUUCAUGGGGACUGCAACUAUGUGCUGACCAAGCUCUGCGACAGCAACGCCUUCACUGUGCUGGCCGAGCUGCGCCGGUGUGGGCUGACGGACAGUGAGACCUGCCUGAAGAGUGUGACGCUGAGCCUAGGUGGGGGGCAGACGGUGGUUGUAAUAAAGGCCAGUGGAGAGGUCUUUGUGAACCAGAUCUACACCCAGCUGCCGGUGUCUGCAGCUAACGUCACUCUCUUCCGGCCUUCAACCUUCUUCAUCAUUGCCCAGACCCACUUGGGUUUGCAGCUGGAGGUUCAGCUGGUACCCACCAUGCAGGUGUUUGUACGGCUGGCCCCUGAGCUCCGGGGACUGACUUGUGGUCUCUGUGGGAAUUUUAAUAGUAUCCAGGCUGAUGACUUCAGGACCAUCAGUGGUGUGGCAGAAGGCACGGCUGCUGCCUUCUUCAACACCUUCAAAACCCAGGCUGCCUGCCCCAACGUCAAGAAUGUCUUUGAGGACCCCUGCUCGCUAAGUGUGGAGAACGAGAAGUAUGCCCAGCACUGGUGCUCACAACUGACCGAUGCCAGUGGCCCAUUUUCCCAGUGCCAUGCCACCGUGAGCCCCAGCACCUACUUCUCGAACUGCAUGUUCGACACGUGUAACUGUGAGAAGAGCGAGGACUGCAUGUGCGCCGCCCUGUCCUCCUACGUGCGUGCCUGUGCGGCCAGGGGCGUGCUUCUCCGAGGCUGGAGGGAUGGUGUUUGCACAAAGCCCACAACCACCUGUCCCAAGUCAAUGACCUACCACUACCAGAUCAGCACCUGCCAGCCCACCUGCCGGGCCCUGAGCGAGGAGGAUGUCACCUGCCAUGUGAACUUUGUUCCUGUGGAUGGCUGCGCUUGCCCUGCGGGCACCUUCUUGGAUGACUCAGGAAAAUGUGUGCAGGCCACCAGCUGUCCCUGCUACCACAGAGGCUCCACAGUUCCCAACGGCGAGUCUGUGCAUGAUGGAGGUGCUGUCUGCACCUGUACUCAGGGUACGCUGACCUGCAUUGGAGGCCCUGCCCCCACCCCAGCAUGUGACGCACCCAUGGUCUACUUGGACUGCCGCAACGCCACGUCUGGAGACCCCGGGGCUGGUUGCCAGAAGAGCUGUCACACUCUGGAUAUGGCUUGUUACAGCUCCGAGUGUGUGCCUGGCUGUGUGUGUCCUGAUGGGCUGGUGGCAGAUGGUAGCGGGGGCUGUGUGGCUGCUGAGGAUUGUCCCUGUGUGCACAACGAGGCCACCUACAGACCUGGGGAGACCAUCCGAGUGGGCUGCAACAACUGCACCUGCGAGAACAGGUUGUGGCAGUGCACAGAUGAGCCCUGCCUAGCCACCUGUGCUGUGUACGGGGACGGCCACUUCCUCACCUUUGAUGGGCGGCGCUACAGCUUCAGUGGGAAUUGCGAGUAUACGCUGGUGCAGGACAACUGCGGUGGGAAUAGCAGCUCAGAGGAGGCCUUCCGUGUCGUCACUGAGAAUGUCCCCUGUGGCACCACAGGGACCACUUGCUCCAAGGACAUAAAGAUCUUCCUGGGGAGCUAUGAGCUGAAGCUGAGUGAUGGAAAGGUCGAGGUGGUCCAGAAGGGUGUAGGGCAGGAGGCCCCCUACACCAUCCGCCAGAUGGGCAUCUACCUGGUGGUGGAGACCGACGUAGGCCUGAUGCUGCUGUGGGACAGGAAGACCAGCAUCUUCCUCAGACUUGGUCCUGAGUUCAAGGGCAGGGUCUGCGGCCUGUGUGGGAAUUUUGAUGACAGCGCCGUCAAUGACUUCACCACGCGGAGCCACUCAGUGGUGGGUGACGCGCUGGAGUUUGGAAACAGCUGGAAGUUCUCUCCGUCCUGCCCCGAUGCCGCGCUGCCCAAGGAUCCCUGCACCGCCAACCCGUACCGCAAGUCCUGGGCCCAGAAACAGUGCAGCCUCAUCAACAGUGCGACCUUCGCCACCUGCCACGCCCACGUGGAGCCUGCCAAGUACUACGAGGCCUGUGUGAGCGACGCGUGCGCCUGCGACUCGGGCGGCGACUGCGAGUGUUUCUGCACGGCCGUGGCCGCCUAUGCCCAGGCCUGCCAUGAAGUCGGCGUGUGCGUGUCCUGGAGGACGCCAGACAUCUGCCCGCUGUUCUGUGACUACUACAACCCCGAGGGCCAGUGUGCAUGGCACUACCAGCCCUGCGGAGCUCCCUGCUUGCGCACCUGUCAGAACCCCAGUGGGCACUGCUCACAAGACCUUCGUGGCAUUGAAGGCUGCUACCCUAAGUGCCCACCGACGGCCCCCAUCUUUGAUGAGGACCAGAUGCAAUGUGUGACCACAUGCCCAACCCCCACCACAUCCCCACGGCCAUCCCUCUGCAAUGUCAAUGGGAAGUUGUAUCGGCCAGGAGCAACGGUGUUUUCAGACAAGAACUGUCAGUCCUGCGUUUGCACUAAGAAUGGCGUGCACUGUGUCUAUGAUGUUGAUGCCUGUGUCUGUACCUACAAUGGGCAGCGUUUCCACCCGGGUGACGUCAUCUACCACACAACGGACGGCAUGGGUGCUUGCAUCUCCGCAUACUGUAGGGCCAAUGGCACCAUCGAGAGGAGAGUGGACGCCUGCAGUCCUGCUACACCCACACCUCCGACCACCUUCUCUUUCUCCACACCACCGCUCGUUGUGACAUCAAUGAAGCACCCAGGAACAGACCUUAGCUCCACCCAGAGCACAAUGCACACAGGGUCCCCGGGCAGUGCGUCUCCUGGGAAGACAUCUGCCACAGCCUCCUCCCUGACCACCACAAGCUGUGGGGAGGAGUGCCUGUGGUCCCCGUGGAUGGAUGUCAGCCAUCCUGGACAGGGCAUUGACAGUGGCGACUUUGACACUCUGGAGAACCUCCGUGCCCAUGGCUACCGGGUCUGCCAAAUGCCAAGAGCAGUGGAGUGCCAAGCUGAGGAUUUCCCCAAGGUGCCCCUUCAUUCCCUAGGGCAGCGUGUGGAGUGCAGCCCAGCUGUGGGGCUGAUCUGCCACAACAGGGAGCAGGUGUCAGGGCUCUGUUAUAACUACCAGGUCAGGAUCCUGUGCUGCAGCCCUGUGGCCUGUCCCACCUCCAGCAGGCCCACCCAGACUCCCCAUCUGACAUCCUCCAGGAAUACCAAAACCGGGACCACAGAGUCCCUCAUCACCUGCCCCCCACACCACUACACCGACGCCAGGUCUCCCCUCAUCUGCUCCAGGUCCCUUUACUUCUGUCCCAGGUCCCUCAUCACCUGCCCCCCACACCACUACACCGAUGCCAGGCCCCUCAUCACCUGCCCCCCAUACUACUACACCGACGCCAGGUCUUCCCUCAUCUGCCCCAGGUCCCUUUACUCCUGCCCCAGGUCCCUCAUCACCUGCCCCCCACACCACUACACCGACGCCAGGUCCCUCAUCACCUGCCCCCCACACCACUACACCGACGCCAGGUCUUCCCUCAUCUGCCCCAGGUCCCUUUACUCCUGUCCCAGGUCCCUCAUCACCUGCCCCCCACACCACUACACCGACGCCAGGUCCCUCAUCACCUGCCCCCCACACCACUACACCGACGCCAGGUCUUCCCUCAUCUGCCCCAGGUCCCUUUACUCCUGUCCCAGGCCCCUCAUCACCUGUUCCAGGUCCCUCAUCACCUGCCCCCCACACCACUACACUUACACCAGGUCUUCCCUCAUCUGCCCCAGGUCCCUUUACUCCUGUCCCUCAUCACCAGUCCCAGGCCCCUCAUCACCUUCCCCACACACCAAUACAUCUGCCCCAGGUUCCUCUGCCCCUAUCAGUAUGACUCUGUCUACCACUAGCUCAAGGCCAGCGCCAACAAAGUCAACCACAUCACCUUGCUUCCGCGAGCUUUGCAGUUGGACUGAAUGGAUGGACGGCAGCUACCCUCAGCCUGGCAUAAACAGUGGCGAUUUUGACACUUUUCUAAACCUGAGAUCCCAAGGGUACAAGUUCUGUGACAACCCCCAGAAUGUGGAGUGUAGAGCCCAGUUCUUCCCCAACACACCACUGGAGGAGCUCGGACAGGUGGUGACCUGCAACCGUAAGGAGGGGCUCAUCUGCUUAAACAAGGACCAGCUGCCACCCAUUUGUUACAACUAUGAGAUCCGCUUGCAGUGUUGCGAGGUGGUGAACCUGUGUUUGUCUGCUUCCACACAUGCCACCUCAAAUGAAGCCAGUGUCCCAACACAAGCCAGCUGGACCACAACCAUGCCCUCACUUUCAACUAGCCACACCGCAGCCCAUACAUCAACUGUGCACACAGCGACUCCAACAAUACCCGUGGACUGUCAGCCACGCUGCACCUGGACCAAGUGGUUUGACACAGACUUCCCUGUGCCUGGCCCUCAGGGUGGGGAUGAGGAAACCUAUAGCAAAAUUCUGAGAAGAGGUGAGAAGAUCUGCCACAGGCCUCAGGACAUCACCCGGCUGCAGUGCAGGGCCCAGAACUACCCGGAAGUGAGCGUGGAACAGCUGGGCCAGGUGGUGCAUUGUGACCCGGACGUGGGGCUGGUGUGCCAAAACAGUGAUCAGCAUGGGGCCUCAGGAAUGUGUCUCAAUUACGAGGUGCGUGUGCUGUGCUGCCAGACCCCAGAACAUUGCACAACCACAUCACCUUUUCUGGUUCCCAGCACCUCAAGUGAAGGUGUUCCAAGCCCAGCAUGGAGCACCACCCCUGUACACAAAGCCAGCACCACCUCUGUGCCCCAAACCAGUACAACCUCUAUCGGAAAAGUAAGACCAAACACUGAGCACACAGCCAGCACCACCUUCAUCCCAAAGGUCAGCACAACCUCUGUCCACAGAGGCAGUAGCAUGUCUGCUUCCACAAGGAGCACCAGCCACGUGUCCUCCUCUGGGACACCUCCCUCCUCAGGGAGAACCACUGACUGCACGCCACGUUGCACCUGGACCAAGUGGUUUGACACAGACUUCCCUGUACCUGGGCCUCAUGGUGGGGACUUGGAAACCUACAGCAACAUCCUGAAGAGGGGUGAGAAGAUCUGCCACCACCCCGAGACCAUCACACGGCUGCAGUGCAGGGCUGAGAGCCACCCUGAGGUGAGCUUGGAGGAGCUGGGCCAGGUGGUGCAGUGCAACCCCGAGGUGGGCCUGGUGUGCAGGAACCGUGACCAGCAGGGGCCUUCUGCAAUGUGCCUCAACUAUGAGGUGCGCGUGCUGUGCUGUGAGACCCCUGAAGGCUGUCCAACUGUGCCACCUUCUCCUGGUCCCAGCACCUCAAGCGAGAGUGUUCCCAGCCCUGCUUGGAGCACCUCCCCUGUGCACACAGCCAGCACCACCUCUGUGCCCCAAACCAGUUUGACCUCUAUAGGAAAGGCCAUACCAACGUCUGAGCACGCUGUCAGCACCAUCUCUACACCCCAAACAAGGACGACCUCUACAGGACAGGGCAGACCACCCUCUGAGCACACUGUCAGCACCAUCUCUACACCCCAAACAAGGACGACCUCUACAGGACAGGGCAGACCACCCUCUGAGCACACUGUCAGCACCAUCUCUACACCCCAAACAAGGACGACCUCUACAGGACAGGGCAGACCAACCUCUGAGCCCAUGGCCAGCACCAUCUCUACACCCCAAACAAGGAAGACCUCUUCAGGACAGGGCAGAUCACCCUCUGAGCACACAGCCAGCACCACCUUCAUCCCAAAGCUCAGCACAACCUCUGUCCACAGAGGCAGUAGCAUGUCUGCUUCCACAAGGAGCACCAGCCACGUGGCCCCUUCUGGGACCACUCCCUCCCCAGGGAGGACCACUGACUGCACGCCACGCUGCACCUGGACCAAGUGGUUUGACACAGACUUCCCUGUUCCUGGGCCUCACGGUGGGGACUUGGAAACCUACAGCAACAUCCUGAGGAGGGGUGAGAAGAUCUGCCACCACCCCGAGGCCAUCACACGGCUGCAGUGCAGGGCUGAGAGCCACCCUGAGGUGAGCUUGGAGGAGCUGGGCCAGGUGGUGCAGUGCAACCCCGAAGUGGGCCUGGUGUGCAGGAACCGUGACCAGCAGGGGCCUUCUGCAAUGUGCCUCAACUAUGAGGUGCGCGUGCUGUGCUGCCAAACCCCUGAAGGCUGUCCAACUGUGCCACCUUCUCCUGGUCCCAGCACCUCAAGCGAGAGUGUUCCCAGCCCAGCUUGGAGCACCUCCCCUGUGCACACAGCCAGCACCACCUCUGUGCCCCAAACCAGUUUGACCUCUAUAGGAAAGGCCACACCAACCUCUGAGCACACUGUCAGCACCAUCUCUAUACCCCAAACAAGGACGACCUCUACAGGACAGGGCAGACCAACCUCUGAGCCCACGGCCAGCACCAUCUCUACACCCCAAACAAGGACGACCUCUACAGGACAGGGCAGACCAACCUCUGAGCCCAUGGCCAGCACCAUCUCUACACCCCAAACAAGGAAGACCUCUAGAGGACAGGGCAGACCAACCUCUGAGCCCACGGCCAGCACCAUCUCUACACCCCAAACAAGGAAGACCUCUAGAGGACAGGGCAGACCAACCUCUGAGCCCACGGCCAGCAUCAUCUCUACACCCCAAACAAGGACGACCUCUACAGGACAGGGCAGACCAACCUCUGAGCACACGGCCAGCACCACCUCUACACCCCAAACAAGACCGACCUCUACAGGACAGGGCAGACCGACUCCUGAGCACAUGGCCAGCACCACCUUCAUCCCAAAGCUCAGCACAACCUCUGUCCACAGAGGCAGUAGCAUGUCUGCUUCCACAAGGAGCACCAGCCACGUGUCCUCCUCUGGGACCACUCCCUCCCCAGGGAGGACCACUGACUGCACGCCACGCUGCACCUGGACCAAGUGGUUUGACACAGACUUCCCUGUUCCUGGGCCUCACGGUGGGGACUUGGAAACCUACAGCAACAUCCUGAGGAGGGGUGAGAAGAUCUGCCACCACCCCGAGACCAUCACACGGCUGCAGUGCAGGGCUGAGAGCCACCCUGAGGUGAGCUUGGAGGAGCUGGGCCAGGUGGUGCAGUGCAACCCCGAAGUGGGCCUGGUGUGCAGGAACCGUGACCAGCAGGGGCCUUCUGCAAUGUGCCUCAACUAUGAGGUGCGCGUGCUGUGCUGCCAAACCCCUGAAGGCUGUCCAACUGUGCCACCUUCUCCUGGUCCCAGCACCUCAAGCGAGAGUGUUCCCAGCCCUGCUUGGAGCACCUCCCCUGUGCACACAGCCAGCACCACCUCUGUGCCCCAAACCAGUUUGACCUCUAUAGGAAAGGCCAUACCAACGUCUGAGCACGCUGUCAGCACCAUCUCUACACCCCAAACAAGGACGACCUCUACAGGACAGGGCAGACCACCCUCUGAGCACACUGUCAGCACCAUCUCUACACCCCAAACAAGGACGACCUCUACAGGACAGGGCAGACCACCCUCUGAGCACACUGUCAGCACCAUCUCUACACCCCAAACAAGGACGACCUCUACAGGACAGGGCAGACCAACCUCUGAGCCCAUGGCCAGCACCAUCUCUACACCCCAAACAAGGAAGACCUCUUCAGGACAGGGCAGAUCACCCUCUGAGCACACAGCCAGCACCACCUUCAUCCCAAAGCUCAGCACAACCUCUGUCCACAGAGGCAGUAGCAUGUCUGCUUCCACAAGGAGCACCAGCCACGUGGCCCCUUCUGGGACCACUCCCUCCCCAGGGAGGACCACUGACUGCACGCCACGCUGCACCUGGACCAAGUGGUUUGACACAGACUUCCCUGUUCCUGGGCCUCACGGUGGGGACUUGGAAACCUACAGCAACAUCCUGAGGAGGGGUGAGAAGAUCUGCCACCACCCCGAGACCAUCACACGGCUGCAGUGCAGGGCUGAGAGCCACCCUGAGGUGAGCUUGGAGGAGCUGGGCCAGGUGGUGCAGUGCAACCCCGAAGUGGGCCUGGUGUGCAGGAACCGUGACCAGCAGGGGCCUUCUGCAAUGUGCCUCAACUAUGAGGUGCGCGUGCUGUGCUGUGAGACCCCUGAAGGCUGUCCAACUGUGCCACCUUCUCCUGGUCCCAGCACCUCAAGCGAGAGUGUUCCCAGCCCAGCUUGGAGCACCUCCCCUGUGCACACAGCCAGCACCACCUCUGUGCCCCAAACCAGUUUGACCUCUAUAGGAAAGGCCACACCAACCUCUGAGCACGCUGUCAGCACCAUCUCUACACCCCAAACAAGGACGACCUCUACAGGACAGGGCAGACCACCCUCUGAGCACACUGUCAGCACCAUCUCUACACCCCAAACAAGGACGACCUCUACAGGACAGGGCAGACCAACCUCUGAGCCCAUGGCCAGCACCAUCUCUACACCCCAAACAAGGAAGACCUCUUCAGGACAGGGCAGAUCACCCUCUGAGCACACAGCCAGCACCACCUUCAUCCCAAAGCUCAGCACAACCUCUGUCCACAGAGGCAGUAGCAUGUCUGCUUCCACAAGGAGCACCAGCCACGUGUCCUCCUCUGGGACCACUCCCUCCCCAGGGAGGACCACUGACUGCACGCCACGCUGCACCUGGACCAAGUGGUUUGACACAGACUUCCCUGUUCCUGGACCUCAUGGUGGGGACUUGGAAACCUACAGCAACAUCCUGAGGAGGGGUGAGAAGAUCUGCCACCACCCCGAGACCAUCACACGGCUGCAGUGCAGGGCUGAGAGCCACCCUGAGGUGAGCUUGGAGGAGCUAGGCCAGGUGGUGCAGUGCAACCCCGAAGUGGGCCUGGUGUGCAGGAACCGUGACCAGCAGGGGCCUUCUGCAAUGUGCCUCAACUAUGAGGUGCGCGUGCUGUGCUGUGAGACCCCUGAAGGCUGUCCAACUGUGCCACCUUCUCCUGGUCCCAGCACCUCAAGCGAGAGUGUUCCCAGCCCAGCUUGGAGCACCUCCCCUGUGCACACAGCCAGCACCACCUCUGUGCCCCAAACCAGUUUGACCUCUAUAGGAAAGGCCACACCAACCUCUGAGCACGCUGUCAGCACCAUCUCUACACCCCAAACAAGGACGACCUCUACAGGACAGGGCAGACCACCCUCUGAGCACACUGUCAGCACCAUCUCUACACCCCAAACAAGGACGACCUCUACAGGACAGGGCAGACCAACCUCUGAGCCCAUGGCCAGCACCAUCUCUACACCCCAAACAAGGAAGACCUCUAGAGGACAGGGCAGACCACCCUCUGAGCCCACGGCCAGCACCAUCUCUACACCCCAAACAAGGACGACCUCUACAGGACAGGGCAGACCAACCUCUGAGCACACUGUCAGCACCACCUCUACACCCCAAACAAGGAAGAAGUCUACAGGACAGGGCAGACCAACCUCUGAGCCCAUGGCCAGCACCAUCUCUACACCCCAAACAAGACCGACCUCUACAGGACAGGGCAGAUCACCCUCUGAGCACACAGCCAGCACCACCUUCAUCCCAAAGCUCAGCACAACCUCUGUCCACAGAGGCAGUAGCAUGUCUGCUUCCACAAGGAGCACCAGCCACGUGGCCCCUUCUGGGACCACUCCCUCCCCAGGGAGGACCACUGACUGCACGCCACGCUGCACCUGGACCAAGUGGUUUGACACAGACUUCCCUGUUCCUGGGCCUCACGGUGGGGACUUGGAAACCUACAGCAACAUCCUGAGGAGGGGUGAGAAGAUCUGCCACCACCCCGAGACCAUCACACGGCUGCAGUGCAGGGCUGAGAGCCACCCUGAGGUGAGCUUGGAGGAGCUGGGCCAGGUGGUGCAGUGCAACCCCGAAGUGGGCCUGGUGUGCAGGAACCGUGACCAGCAGGGGCCUUCUGGAAUGUGCCUCAACUAUGAGGUGCGCAUGCUGUGCUGUGAGACCCCUGAAGGCUGUCCUGUGACCUCUGCAACUUCCCACAUGCCAUCACUACCCACCAAGACUUCAUUUCCAGUUCCAUCACCCUCAUCCAUUUCUCCACCCUGGUCGCCUAGGCCCACAGAACACUCCACCACCUCCUGCUUCUGCAGUGUGUCGGGCAAGCUCUUCCAUGCAGGAUCCCUCAUCUACCGCCAAGUGGACCUGGCUGGUCACUGUUACUAUGCCCUGUGCAGCCAGGACUGCCGUGUGCUCAAAGGAGUUAGUCAGGAUUGUCCCUCGACCACACCCUCCCCUACGUCAUCUCUGUCUCUGUCCACACCCACUUCAGCACCUACAACUGACCCUGGAGUAUGCUUCAAUGUGGUUCCCCCAAGAAAGAAAGGGGAAACCUGGCCCAUGCCCAACUGCUUGCAGGCCACCUGCGGGGACAACCAGGUCAUCUCCCUGAGCCGGCGCCGGUGCCCAGAGUUGAAGGCACCAGUCUGCGCCAAUGGCUACCCAGCUGUGAAGGUGGCCGACCAGGAUGGCUGUUGUUGGCACUACCAGUGCCAGUGUGUGUGCAGCGGCUGGGGUGACCCCCACUACAUCACAUUCGACGGUACCUACUACACGUUCCUGGACAACUGCACCUACGUGCUGGUGCAGCAGAUUGUACCUGUGUUCGGUCACUUCCGCGUGCUCAUCGACAACUACUUCUGCGACCUGACCGACGGCAUCUCCUGCCCGCAGUCCAUCAUUGUGGAGUACCACCAGGACCGUGUGGUGCUGACCCGCAGGCCGGUUGGUGGGGUCAUGACCAACCAGAUCAUUUUCAAUAACAAGGUGGUCAGCCCGGGCUUCCAGAAGAAUGGCAUUGCCGUCUCUCGCAUUGGCAUCAAGAUGUAUGUGACUAUCAAGGAGAUCGGCGUCCAGGUUAUGUUCUCGGGCCUCAUCUUCUCCGUGGAGGUGCCCUUCAGCAAAUUUACCAACAACACCGAGGGCCAGUGCGGUACUUGCUCCAAUGACAAGAGGGAUGAGUGUCGUCUGCCUGGGGGCGCGAUUGCCUCCUCUUGCUCUGAGAUGUCCGGUCACUGGAAGGUGCAUGACCCUGACCAAAAGUUCUGCCAAGGGCCCCACCGGACAGCGGUACCCACACCCACACCUGCUUCAUGCUCACCAUCUCCCAUCUGCCAGCUGAUCUUAAGCAACGUCUUCCAGCUCUGCCACGACAUCAUCGCCCCGCAGCAGUUCUAUGAAGGUUGCAUGUUUGAUUACUGCCACAUGACCGACCUGGAUGUGAUAUGCUCUGGUCUGGAGCUGUAUGCAUCACUCUGCGCAGCCCAGGGUGUGUGUAUCGACUGGAGGAGCUGGACCAACAACACAUGCUCAUUCACCUGCCCUGCUGGCAAAGUGUACCAGCCCUGUGGCCCAUCCAGUCUCCAGUACUGCUACGGGAAUGACAGCAAUGCCAUCUUGGCCCUUCCGGAAGCUGGCCCCAUCACCGAGGGCUGCUUCUGUCCAGACAGCAUGACCUACUUCAGUGCCAGUGAUCCGGUCUGCGUGCCUGCACACUGCCCAUGGUGCCUGGGGCCUCAUGGGGAACCUAUGGAGCCGGGCCACACAGUCAGUGCUGGCUGCCAGGAGUGUACCUGCGAGGAGGCCACGCUGAAUCUGACCUGCCACCAGAAGCCAUGUCCUCUGCCCCCUACCUGCCCAGACCCUGGCUUUGUGGCCAUCCCUGAAGCCCUCGAGCCUGACCAGUGUUGUCCCCAGUUCAGCUGCGUCUGCAAUUCCAGCUACUGUCCCGCCCCGCUGCGCUGUCCCGACGGCUUUCGCCUGACGGUGACCAAUGAGAAGGGGGCCUGCUGCCCAAGACAGAGCUGCACUCCGACAGCCUGCAGCGUCAAUGGGACUCUCUACCAGCCCGGUGCUGUGGUCUCCUCCAGCCUGUGUGAAACAUGCUGGUGUGAGUUGUCCAGCAGCUCCCAGUCAGAUGCCUUCGUGGUCAACUGUGAGACUCAGCUCUGCAACACCCAUUGUCCCUUGGGCUAUGAGUACCGGCUCCAGAGUGGGCAAUGCUGUGGCCACUGUGACCCGGUGGCCUGUGUCAAGAGCACCAGUCCUGUCAUCCUUGUCCCUCCUGGUGAGAUCUGGUCGGAGCCCGGUGACCACUGUGCAACCCACAAGUGUGAGAAGAUUGGAGAUAGGCUCGAGGUGGUAACCAUGAAGAAAGAGUGCCCCGAGCUCGACUGCCCACCAGACCAGGCCCAGCUGAGCGAGGAUGGCUGCUGCCACUUCUGCACAUUCUCCCAGAAGAAUCUAACGUGCCAGGUGCACCACAGGCGGGAGGUCAUCCGCCAGCAAGGCUGCAGCUCUGAGGAGCCUGUGAGCCUCUCCUACUGCCAAGGCCAAUGUGGAGAUAGCAUGGCCAUGUAUUCCCUGGAGGCCAACAUGGUGGAGCACAAGUGUCAGUGCUGCCAGGAGCUGCGGACCUCCCAGAGGACGGUGACCCUGCGCUGUGCCGACGGCUCCAGCCGUGCCUUUAGCUACACCCAGGUGGAGGAGUGCAGCUGCUUGGGUCAGCAGUGCCACGUGCCGGGUGACACCAGCCACUCGGAGUCCUCGGAGUCAGAGUUAAAGUCCAGCGAGAGCAAGUAG